AUGUCGAACGCCGUGGUGAGCGGCCUUGCCGGUGCCGGCGGCGGUAUCAUAGCUCAGAUCAUUACUUACCCUCUCCAAACGGUGAAUACCCGCCAGCAAACUGAGCGAGUCGCUAAGAAGAAUAAUAAGGCUGCCGCCGGCUCACACCAGCCAAACGCCGCCAAAAGAGGCACCCUUUUCCAAAUUUUCGACGUGAUAAAAAAUGAAGGAUUGGGUGGACUUUACAGUGGCCUCAAGCCUUCUCUCUUAGGAACUGCUGCUUCCAUGGGUGUAUAUUAUUACUUCUACCAGGUUUUCAAAAAUAAGGCUGAGGCUAUUGCAGCUAAGAAUUUCAGAAAAGGGAAGGGAAAUGGGUCGGUUGGCAUGUUUUCAUGGCUUGUAGUUGCAGCUUUUGCAGGGUCUUUGAAUGUGUUGCUGACUAACCCGAUUUGGGUACUUGUCACCCGGAUGCAGACUCAUACUCAAGCUGAGAAGAAGAUUUUGGAGGCUAGAAGAGAAGCUUUGUUGAAACAAAUCAGUGAAAGGACACAUUCAGAUGCUUUGCAACAAAAAUUGGAUGAGUUGGAGUCGUUGAAGCCAACACCCUACGGAACCCUUGACGCUGCAUCUGAAGUGUACGGUGAAUCCGGAAUUAGAGGGUUCUGGAAGGGUAUCGUCCCAACAUUAAUCAUGGUCUGUAAUCCUUCGAUUCAGUUCAUGAUCUAUGAAACUUCAUUAGGACGUCUGAAGCGUAAACGUGCAGAAAAGAAUAAAUCAAAAGGUGUCUCUGCUUUAGAGGUUUUUCUGUUAGGCGCGUUGGCAAAACUAGGAGCAACUGUCUCAACGUAUCCCUUACUAGUUGUGAAGUCAAGGCUCCAAGCAAAACAAGAAAUAGGUGGUAACAUUUCCCAAAGAUAUUCAGGUACAAUUGAUGCCAUUGUGAAGAUGAUUCGAUACGAAGGAUUCCGCAGUUUCUACAAAGGAAUGAGCACAAAGAUCGUUCAGAGUGUGCUCGCAGCCUCUGUUCUUUUCAUGAUCAAAGAGGAGCUUGUCAAAGCUUGUGCGGCAGUGAUCAAUGGAAGACACCAAAUUAUUCCGAAGAUUGUGAAUGUCAAAAUAAGUUGA